AUGCUGAGACAAGUUCGUCACAUUUCUGAGGGAAACUUCUACGGCCUGCGAGUCACAAACAAGGCUAGAAAGCUUAACUUAGAUAAAGAGCUUCGCACGCUUGAAGCGUGUAAGGACGUGCAGUCACACGUUUACAGAAAAGAGGAGAAAGAAUUGAUAAGUACGUUGAAAAGGCUACAGCAAACUAAACAAGAUCAAUUUGAUUAUCAACCAGAUCAGGAACAGACGGCAGGACAUUUAAAACGUCAUCAUGACGGGCACCCUAGCGCUCACGCCAAGAAACACGACGCCGAGCAUCGACUCCUACGAAGACCAACUGAAAGCAGUCAUGACACAAAAGUUCAAGUAAAAGUUAGAUCAGACAUCCGCGAUCAGAGCUCUUCAAAAAAAACUCCUUGUCAAGUGAAAGUUGUUACAGAUGCUUCUGAUGUGAGUGUUAUCAUUUCUCUUUCGCCUGUAGAGUCCCAAGGAAACGAUGGAAAACAAACUGCUUUUCCUCCAGUAGUGCAGCAACAAAAACAGCGAGAGGUUGGUGCAGAUAUUCAUAGAACACAAGCAUUCAUGUCAUGCGUUAUUUGUAACUUGCCGCGACAUGCUCAAGGAAGAGACAAUAAAAACACUUGUACGUGUCAUGUGGAUCCUACUAAGCAUCCUCGACGCGAAAACGAACAUCAAGAUAUCGAAGCUUCGAAAAAAAGAAGGAAAAGUCACACAGACGAUGAAGAAUUGACAAGAUUUGCCGCCAAAAGAGAACGAAGAAGGAGCUUGGAGAUUGACGAUCUUCUCCCUUACCAUAAAACAAAGCAUGGAAACUUACACCAUUCAGCCCAUCAGAAACACAUGGGAAGAAGUAGAGCGUCUAGCUUCGAGGAAGACAAUAAGAAAGUUGAACCCAACAAAACCCCUUCGAAAACAUUAGGCUUUAGUGCGUACACAAGCUAUAUACCAGGUAUAGGUGCUAGCGGACCGCGACACAUCUUUGAGAAAACUGGAGCGUUAAAUGAACACCACGAACAUGAACAAGGAAUGCGCAGUAGGCAUACGUCCUUUAGCGAGAGCACAAAUAGGAAAAAUAGCCUUGAUGAGGGGCGAAGUCGAAAGAGCAGUUUAACUGAGGACCGAAGUAGAGGCAAUAGUGUGGGGGAGCACGACGAACCACAUUACAUGCGGCCCCUCAAGGGUCACUAUGGAUCUCGACAUAAUAGGGGUCGUCAGGAGGAAGAAUUGCACGACCUUUAUAACAGAUUACACAGAAUAUUUCAUCAUGGAGAGGAUAGAGCUCAUAAAAAGGGACAUUACCCUGGGGAACAUCCUCAUGCCACUCAUUUACCUUUGUCAAAGUCACGCCGAAAUUCAACUGACAAUUCUUCAGGAUCUGAAGAUCCAGCUCCUGCCUUCAGCGGUUUACUACAUCCUGAUAAUAUUAUUAACCACCAUCACUUCCUUCCGUAUGAAGCCAGCAAACAUAACAAACACCGAGCUACUUAUCACCAUGCUACACAUCCUCUAUAUCACCCAACUGCCUAUCGCGUCACUGGAAUUGAUCGUCAGGGUAACCACCAGGAAGUAAGUGGUAGUUUUUUUCCACCUUCCUUAUUUACUUGGAUUUUUGAUACUAUGCCUACACUUUGCCCUUAUAUAACAGACUGGGAUUCUUUUUUUACAGGGGUCUUAGCUUUCACAUUUCUGACUAGACCAUGUUUCAGUUUAAGAAUGAGGAACCUUGUACGUUAUUGUACAGUUGCUUUUGUUCCCACAUUUAGAACAAGAAAUACCCGGACACUCUCCUGAGCAUUUCCUCCUGUUGCCCCACUGAAGCUAAGGAUGUACAUAUAUUCCGAUACACACAAGUUCACUCAGUAGUGUCGAGCUUUAAAAACAAUGAGAAACAGGGACUUACAUUCUCCAGAUUAGCCUAGGAAUACUGCAUAUCUCAAUUUCAUUUGCAGUUUUUUGUAACACCGGGUUCUACUUCUCACAUUGCUGCAGCCUUCGAUCGAACUCAUGACCAGGACAGCGGUAUUCACUCAAUGCUCAUGAAACUAAGGCAACUUCUGAACGUUUACCAUGAAAUGGACGAUGAAGCACCCAGAUACCCCUGGCCAAGCCCCCCUACUGUGAAAUUCACAAGUGAGGAAUUUCAGAAGCUUCGAAAUUGCAGGUACUUAAGACUGACGAAAAGUAACAUUCAGAGUCUACAACAACUAGAGAAACAAAAACCAAUAUGA